AAGUUCAGGCUGACCAUGCGCCGCACAACACCGCAGCGCAGUAUCGACAAACGUUCACAUUACAUUUAGACGUAAUAUCUAUAGUGUCACUUCUCCUCUUAUAAUUUAUUAAUUAGACUAUUUACUGCUUCAAUUCCCUUUGUUUUAUUUGUUUAAGUGUUAUGUGUAUUCGAUGAUAUAAUAAUUAUGUACAGUGCCGCAACCGUUAACGCAUUCUGAAGGAAUUACGUAAUGGGAAUUAUGCUAGAGAAGUUAAUAGUUUUGCCCUGAAAUUCAACAUGGCCGCUGACACGGGUAUGGAUACUUGUCCCAGUCCAGAGAUUUCGGACUCUAGAAAACGACCUCUGGACGGCGAUUCUGAGAAUGGCGAUAUCAAAAGGUCACACUUCAGUUCAGUUCAAGACUUGGUGACGGCAUUGCCACUGGCCAACGGCCAUGGCAAUAUUACGUCUCAUUUCGCCGUGGAGCCGACCUACCACUUCAAGGUGCUCGUGCCGUCCAUGGUGGCCGGCGCGAUCAUCGGCAAGGGUGGGGAGACGAUCGCCCAGCUGCAGAAGGACACUGGGGCGCGCGUCAAGAUGUCCAAGUCACAUGAUUUUUAUCCAGGCACAACGGAGCGCGCGUGCCUGAUCACCGGCUCGGUGGACGGCAUCAUGGUGGUGCUGGACUUCAUCAUGGACAAGAUCAAGGAGAAGCCGGAACUGGUGAAGCCGUUCCCGGACGGCGUGGACGCGAAGAUGCCCCAGGAUAGGGACAAACAGGUGAAAAUUCUGGUGCCCAACUCGACGGCCGGCAUGAUAAUCGGCAAGGGCGGCAACUACAUCAAGCAGAUCAAGGAGCAGAGCGGCAGUUACGUGCAGAUCUCGCAGAAGGCGAAGGAGCUGUCCCUGCAGGAGAGGUGCAUCACCGUUGUGGGCGAGAAGGACCGGGCCGAAGACGGCCGGCGAGUCCUGCGCGGAGAGCGGGAAGUAGGCGGCGGAGAGCGGCGCGGGGUGCGGCAGCGCGGGCGGCAGCGCCAGCCCCAGCACGCCGUGCUUCACCAGCAGCGACAGCGCCGCGCCGAUCUCCGAGAUGCCGCCCUCCGAGUAGCCGGCCUGCCGCAGCGCCACCUGCACGUUCGGACACGUUUCCGUGCGUCACAAUUUGCUGGUGACACGCUCGCCGACCACGUCGACGACGGCUUAGACCACGGCGAGGGCGGCGGCGUGCCGGGCGGCGCCAGCGACAGCUGCAGCGAGAGCGCGCCGAGCCCGCUGCCGUUGACGAGCACGCCGCCCACGCUGCCCACGCCGCCCACGCCGCCCACGCCCGCCACGCCGCCCACGCCGCCGCCCAGCGCGUGCCCCUGCAACCACAAGCGCCACUCGGUGGCGCCGAUCUCGCUGUCGGGCGGCGUGGGCGGGGUGGGCGGGGUGGGGGGCGUGGCGGGCGGCUUCCCCUCCGCCUCGCUGCUGCCGCUGUCCAAGAGCCCCACGCCGGCGGACGCGGGCGCCAAGGACUCGAAGAACGUGGAGAUCGCCGAGGUCAUAGUCGGCGCUAUUUUGGGCCCCGGCGGUCGCAGCCUCGUCGAGAUCCAGCAGAUGUCCGGCGCGAACAUCCAGAUCAGCAAGAAGGGCACGUUCGCGCCGGGCACGCGCAACCGCAUCGUCACCAUCAGCGGCUCCCACCAGGCCAUCUCCUCCGCGCACUUCCUCAUCGAGCAGAAGAUACAGGAGGAGGAGCUCAAGCGCACGCGCCACAACGCCAUCUCGACGCUCAUGCAGUAA